AUGGCUUCGACCGACCAAGGGUCAGGCUACUCGGUGACACCUACCCAGGGAAGGGGUUUCACGAUCAGACAUGCUUCUGGGAAAAGUGACGACUUCUCCGCGUCUCAACGACCCUCCAUGAAAGAUGGCCGCUCCCUGUCUGGUGGAAGCGCUCAAUAUGGCCAAAGGGGCUUCGUACCCACAUUGACAAGUGUUGGUCCUCCUGGUAGCUUCAGUACCGAUCUGAAAAGUGCUGUGCAGUCAGGAAGAACUACGCCUCAGACGGAACUAGCGAAUGUCACGAUAUCUCGACUGCAACCACAAUACAGAGAUGGAGACACCCUCACCACUUCGGAGCAGCGGCAGGCCGUGGUCCGUGAUAAAAUAGCGAAAGAAAUGAAGAUCAAGUUGGGGACGGAGAACAUGCUGGAGGCUCUUUUGAGCAAGAACAACAAGCAAACCAAAGAACAACGACAAAAGGUUGAAAUGGAAUUGGGCACUUCCAACAGGAAGCUAGCUGAACUGAAGCAAGAACUUGACCAGGAAAUUCUCCGUUCUCAAACUCCUACCACUCCUCCGAACAAGACACUCUCCGGUUAUUUUCGAGGGAGCCCUCUCAAGUCACCCCCGCUUGGCCCCAAUCAAGACAACGACCCGUCCGAGUCAGUUGACAGCGAGUCACCUACGGUGGUCCUCACGGAAACUCUCCAACAGCUGGAAGCGGACGGAAUGCCACCGGAUUAUUAUAUCGAGCGCGCGAACACCUUGGUCGACCUCUUGAAGCGGAAUCCCACGUUGAAAUAUGAUCUCGCCUGGUCCGUCUUCCGCCUACGGGUUCAACUCAUGUUACUCAGCGAGAGCUCCGAUGUCGUGGCAGCAGGCUAUCGGCUGACAAGACAUACCAUAGCUGAUCGAAAGUCGUUGCAGACGAUUCGAACCCUGCACACAGAUGAGCUGGUUAUCUUGUCCCUGGUGAAGAAGACCAAUGCUGUUCUGGAACGCGAGCAAGCUGUCAAAUUCGUUCGGGCAUUCUUGGAUGUGAAAGAUGGUGUCCACGAAAUCUCUCGUGCCGUGGUCCGAAGCUUAGUUGCAGUGGCCGAAACCUAUGACGACCGAUUAAAGGACAUUUGCAUGUUGACCUUGGCGGAACUGUUGACCAAGCAUACCGAACUUGUUGUUUCUGCCAAUGGCGUGACAACUCUUACGGAAGCGCUGGCUGACGGUUCUUUCCCGGCCCCGGAAGGUCUCGUUGCCAGCUUUCUUUACAUCUUGGACCAUCCGCAACAACGUCGAUACUUGCACACCGGCCGGGAAUUCGAGGCGAUGUUUGCGCCUUUCACGGAUCCUCUCCUCUUGAGCGGCAACGAGGACAGGUUGAAGACCUGCGCCCAGGCCAUUGCCGCCAUGCUGAAAACUUGGCCGGGCUUCCUUCUUCUAUCGAUGAACGGUGCUUCACCUCUUCGAUCGCUGAUUGACUCGCUCGUAUAUCCCAUUCCUCAAUCACGAGACACCGUGCUGGAGCUUUUCUUUGACAUCCUUCGCAUCAAGCCUCCUUCUUGGUCAAGUUCGUUUUUCGCUGGCCGACGACUGACUACAUACGGCAGAGUCAACACAUUGCCUGUUGAGCAACCUUCUCAGAGACAAUUAGCGGAAUACAAUGCAGAUGGGAGGUUUGAUUUGACAUAUCACUUCUCUGCAUUUGUUCUGGCGGCGUUAAUCAGGGCUGGUCUGAUUCCUGCUCUCAUCGAUCUCAUUAGGAUUGAAGAGGACCAAGCACUAAGGAGGAAGGCGACGCUCUUGCUCACCGAAGUUCUGAAACUAGCCCAUCACACGCUCCCGGAGGGGAUCAGCGCAAACAUACAAGUCCUAGGUGAUCUUGUGCCGACCCUCCGGGAGUAUGGCUCCGAAAUGUCCGCUAUAAACAUGAGCAUGAUAUACCAGACGGAAAGCAUCAACCGUGCACUCAACAGAACGUCAGCUUCAACGUACGGCCGGACCGUCCCCGUAGAUGAGUUGGCUGUCGGUCCACAAGCGGUGGAGAGAUCGAAAUACACGGCGUUGAUGGACGCCGACCAAUUUCGUCAGGCCAUGGCCGAUAGUCAGAUCACGAGCCAUUCUCAGUAUGUCAAGUGGAAAUGGGAAUUGAUCCAUGGGUUGGUGGAAGGACCAUUGACCAAUCCAAAAAGACUGGAAGAAGCAAUCAAAUCCCCCAAGUUCCUCAAGAGGCUCGUGGGGUUCUUCCGCCCUUUCAAAUAUCGAUUCUCGAUGAUACGCAAUACACGACCUAAUCAACGAUAUGUGCGAACCGGUUGCGCUUUGAUGCGGACUUUGACCCAAACAUCUACUGGCAUACAGUAUCUUGCUGAGAACAAACUUCUGCGGCAGAUUGGCGAAUGUCUUGCGCAGGUAGACCCUCAUAGCGGGAUUACGUCCGCUAAUCCGCUAUUCGACCGGCAUCAGAUGGCCGAGACGCUGAGUGGAGGUUAUUUCGCCAUGCUCGGAGCCCUGAGUUCCACGCUUGAGGGAAUGCGACUGAUGGAACAGUGGCACAUGAUGGACAUCUUCUACCAUCUCGUGGAGCUGAGAAAUCGCGACGAUCUGAUCAAAGCGCUUCUCGGAAAUAUGGACUUCACUCUGGACACUCAUCUGAGGGUUAUCCUCUCGAAGGCACUGACUUCGGGCGUCAAAGAUAUCCGCCUUUUUUCCACCAAACUCCUCCGACGCUACGCAGUAGGCCGGGUCCAGUAUUCAUCCGGGUUACAGGGGCCCUCUAGUUCCCACUGGGCUCUUCGUCUUGUUCUGACGCAAUUGUACGAUCCCGAUGUGGAAGUUUGUGAAGUUGCGAUCAAAAUUCUCGAAGAAGCUUGCAACCAACGAAGUCACCUUGAGUACGUGGUGAAGUGCAGACCAUCACUGGAUCAUCUUGGUGAAAUUGGUGCGCCUCUUCUGUUGCGGUUCCUCUCGACCUCUGUGGGGUAUCGGUACCUGAGUGGCCUAGAUUAUAUUACUCAGGAAAUGGACGACUGGUUUCUGGGGCGCAACGACGCCUACGUGGCUCUGGUGGAGGCGUCUAUCCUCCGCGCCUACAUGGACGGAAGCAUCAACAAGACGCAUUUCAACGAGGAUCCGGCCGUUGAUCCCCACGAGAUUGGAAUUGCACCUCCACACUUUUACCGUGAACUUGCUCGCACGGAGGAGGGAUGUAAACUCCUGAAGCAAUCUGGUCAUUUUUACGAGUUCUCUUCAACCAUUCGAGAUUUUCGUCUGGAUGAAGAAGACAAUGAAGUAUUGACCAAGGUGAAAGGAUGUAUGUGGGCGGUAGGAAACAUUGGCUCGAUGGAUCUUGGAGCACCGUUCCUGGAAGAGGCGGAUGUUGUGACCGCCAUCGUGCGUAUUGCCGAAGGCGCAGAAGUAAUGUCGAUGCGCGGCACGGCAUGUUUCGUCCUGGGCUUGAUUUCACGGACCCUCCACGGCUUUGAAAUGCUCGCCGAAAAUGGAUGGGACACGACGGUCGAUCCUCGAGGGCGAUCAUUAGGCCUUUGUCUGCCUCGUAACUUGGAGAAAUCUGUUGGAUCAUUCGAAGGACCGCAAGUUGCAUCAGCGGAAGAUGACGCCAAAUACAAAGCUGCUGUCACGGACGAGAAUCCUGUUCGAGCCAAAAUUCUGAAGAGUAUUGUCGAGAUGGGUAAUUCAGUCAUGUACAAGAAAGCCGCCGCAGAUCUUCAUGCACUUAAAGCGAAACAACCCAGCCAUUUCGCAGACACUGAGAUGUUCCGGAAAACUCUUGUUAUCCUGGAGAGUCACCAUUAUCGGCUACAGGCACGGCACUAUAUACUUAACUUAUUCAACAAAGGUCUGAUGAGACGGAUUAUUCUUGACGAAGAAAUGGGAGAUGAGACCGAAUCAGACACAGGCUAG